GUUGCACAGCCAUGUAGGGGGGCUCCGUCAAAUCGCGGUGCAUUGUGGGGCGGAGGCAUGCGGCCUUUCUGUUAACGGCGAAUCGAGAAAACCUGUAAAUAACGUUAUCCGGGGAAGGAAGUGUUUGAGCGCAGUACGGGGAAGAUAACGCUUUGAAGCUGCACUUGACCUUCUGUUUUUAAAAAAAUAAUAUAUAUUUUUCUUAAAGAUGGGGCAGGAGGAUCUCAUGAAUAAAGCCGAAGACUUUGUAGACCAGUUCCUGCGGGUAACCAAACAGUACCUGCCCCACCUGGCGCGAUUGUGUCUCAUCAGUACCUUCCUGGAAGAUGGCAUACGCAUGUGGUUCCAGUGGAAUGAACAGAGAGACUACAUCGAGGCUACUUGGAACUGUGGCUAUUUCCUGGCCACAUUCUUUGUGCUGCUAAAUCUUGUAGGACAACUGGGUGGCUGUGUCCUCAUCCUCAGUAGAAAUUUUGUACAGUAUGCAUGCUUUGGAUUGUUUGGCAUCAUAGCGUUACAGACUGUUGCAUACAGCAUUUUAUGGGACCUUAAAUUUUUGAUGAGAAACCUUGCCCUAGGAGGGGGUCUGCUUCUGCUGCUGGCUGAGUCUCGCUCUGAAGGAAAGAGCAUGUUUGCUGGGGUCCCCUCCAUGGGAGAGAGUUCCCCAAAGCAAUACAUGCAGCUGGGGGGUCGAGUACUGCUUGUGCUCAUGUUUAUGACUCUGGUCCACUUUGACUCCAGUUUCUUCUCGAUCCUGCAGAACAUGGUUGGGACAGCUCUCAUCAUCCUGGUGGCCAUUGGUUUCAAAACCAAGCUUGCGGCUUUGACCCUUGUGGUCUGGCUCCUGGCUAUCAAUGUCUACUUUAACGCCUUUUGGACCAUCCCUGCCUACAAGCCCAUGCACGACUUCCUCAAGUACGACUUCUUUCAGACCACUUCAGUCAUUGGCGGCUUGCUGUUGGUGGUUGCACUUGGGCCUGGUGGAGUGUCAAUGGAUGAGAAAAAAAAGGAGUGGUAGAAACAGUGGGGGUGAGAUGGCAGGAUUGCACACCGCCAUUAAUUUCUUCCCACUGACUGGAACAUAAAGAUGCCCCAUUCCCCAGUUCACCCACUUUUUUUCUCUCCCCCUUUCAUGUCGACAGACACCACCUCAUUCAUCAAUGGACAUUCACCUUUUUUUUUUCUCUUGUACUAACCUCCACCCCAAAAAAAAAAAAAAAAAAAAAAAUCAUGUUCAUAAUGGCAGUUUUUCUUUUUUCUAAGAUCUUCUCAUUAGUCCUCUUUUUUUAUGACAGAAUAAUAAAGAUUUGUGUAUUUGAGUGCAAGAUACUCAUUCUUAUGAAAGAAAAUACUGUUUGUUCCAUGUGCAGAAAGAAUGAACCUGGUAUUGUAUUUUAUAGAUGUUAUGCCAUAAAUUGUCAGAUUAGCUUUCAUAUUUUAUAAAUAAAGUGAGUCAACUGCAGCAGGUUGGGGUUCCACUGUGGAUGCUGAUCUUUUCCUCUUAUUGGCUAUCACGCUGACUGCAUUGCACACUGCUUUACAGGAAUUCACUUUAUAGGUUUGCAUCUCUGCACGCAGUGUUUGACACAUGCUAGGUUUUGGGAGUCAAAUCUGGAAAAGGUGGGUGUGAACAUGCAUACAAAGAAAUUGUGCUCGACUUGAAAAUUGCAACACAGUUGGGUUGGACUUAGGCAUUUUGUACCAAAUGUCUUUUUUUUUUUUUUUUUUUUUUCUUCCCCUCUUCAAAUGGCUAACCAACCUAAAUGUGACCAGGAUGGGAGGAUUCAGCAAGCCAGAGUGAGGAAGCUGUCAUUUGCUACCAGGAUCUUGAUCUAUGCUCAGCGUCUUUUUGCUGUGUAAGAAGAUUUAAAUUCAGUGUGUUGAUAUUCAGAAGUUUAUAUUGUAUUUUUGAUCUUUGUUUUUUUGGAAGAGCUCAUGGAGAAGAAAUAAAA